AAUCAGCUAAAUUUUUCCCAAUUGCAUCGCUUAUCAUAACGAUAUUGCACCGCAGAUGCUCGAGUAUAUAAUUAGUGAGAAAGCAUUUUUAGUUUACAUUUGUAUUGUGAGGUGGUUUGAGUUAGAAUUUUCGAUUGUAGAUGCGCAUUGAACUGUUUAUUCAGCUACAAUGAAUCCCACAGCUACUUGGCUAUUGGUGUUGGCAGUCGUUGCCAUCACGGCGAAUAUUGUAUGCAGCGCCGCUGUUUGUUCACCUUAUUAUUGGCCUUGCUCGUGCGAGUUAAGCAAAGAAUCCAAAAGCCGUGGUCAGCUUGUUAUACGUUGCAAUGAAGUCAAAAGCAAUGUCAUUGUUAAGGCAGUGUUCGAACGUACUCCGCAAGUUGAUAUCCACUCUGUCUACGUAAAAGUCCGCAAAUCAGAGGGAAAUGAACCAAUCCCGAGAAAUCUAUUCCACUCGAAUAUCGUUCGGAACCUUUAUCUAACUUGUGAAUCGAACAAAACGUUGUUGCAAAUUGGGAGGGACGCAUUUCAUUCGUCAAGAUUCUUUCUCGAACAUUUGCAUUUAGAUAAUUGUGAUUUGUCUCGACUAGAUUAUUCAGCUUUCCUCUUUGAAUUUCACUUUUUGAGAACCUUAACCUUUUCUAGAUCAAUUUUGUUUACCGAUUGGAAUCAGGCUCUCAGAUUUCCUCGACUGAUUAGCUUGAAAACGUUAAGCUUAACCGAUUCUUCUGGAUUCGUAAUGCCUAUCUAUUUAAUGAGAGAAAAAAUUCCAUACAUAACCGACUUUGUAGUCGAUAACCUGAAAAAUUCUACUGCCACACUUCAUAAAUUAACAGAACAAUUAAUGGGCUAUCCAUUACGUCUUCAAAAUAUUUCUAUGAAUGGCAAUCAAAUUGAAAAUAUGGAUGCCGAAAUUUACUUGAGUCGGUUAGUUACCCAAACAAGCGAAAUUUUGCAGUCGUUGUCGCUAAAGGAUAACAAUUUAACACAAUUACCGAAAAUCGAUAAAUUUCCUAAGCUUACCAUCCUAAAAUUAGACAAUAAUAAGCUAAACAGCGAGAACUUUUCACUUUCUCAACUAAAUGGAACGCAACUUAAAUCGCUUAGUCUUUCCUCUUGUGGCUUGCAGACGCUCAAACCAAACGCACUCAAAGUUGAUGGCGAACGUCUUCAUCUCCAGUUGCUUAACCUCAAUAACAAUACUUUAACGCUAUUCGAAGCCUCUGUUUUCCAAGACCUUUUGCAGAAAAUGGCAUCUCAGGGGCGUAAUCGAGGAACUAUUCACAUCAAUUUUACUUUGACGAACGCGGGAGUCGACUUGAGUCUGAUGCGUCCAGCAAUCGACAAAGCUGUUUUACCGUGUCCCGAGGAUUAUUCCCCGUGUUAUUGCGGUGACUACCCCACCUUUGGUCUGUACGUUGUCUGUGAAUUGGUCAGCAUUGAAGCCAUCGUGUCCGUAUUCAAUCGAACAACAGACUCGGACAUUUUCUGGCUUCAACUGAGGCCCUUGCCCGACCUAUCAACGCGCGGAGUGAACAUUCCGGCCGAUUUAUUGAAUGGAAAACGGGCCAGAGCGAUCGACCUCUACUGCCCGUCCGUUGUCAGUGGAGAUUUGUAUCGACUCAACAUCGACACGUACGCCCUAACAUCUGCUGAAGAUCUCAUCGAAUAUUUUUACAUACUCGGAUGUGAUCUAAGUCAACAAACGGAUUUCAACUUCUUGACUGGAUUCAACAAGUUGAUGAAUUUGUAUUUGUACGGGUCGACAAACAUUCAAGCGUUUCAGAACCUACCCGCGUUACCUAACAUGGUCACGUUGAGCAUUAAUCAAUGCACGGGAUUAGAUUCGAUCGAGUUCCCAGCGCAGUCUCUUCCCAAAUUGCAGCAAGUCUACAUGACGGACAAUCAGCUAGACGACCAAUCAGCCACCAACAUUUUAGCGUCCAUUAACUCGUCUACUUCGAUCGACACAGUCGUGGUGCUUUCAUUAGCUUACAACAAUUUAACGCGAAUUCCGGACGAAGUGGUUUUAUUCAGCCAAUUAAACGAUUUGAGUUUAUCUGGAAAUCGAUUGCCAUUUAUUUCAUCAUCUUCACUUGCAUUGCCAUCGCCCAGGAUACAAAGAUUGGCAUUGACUAAUGUUUCUCUAAGUACGAUCGAGCCUGGAGCCUUGAAAGCAAAUGUUGUCCUGGCUGAUCUGACGAGAAACAAUCUGACGCAAUUUGAAUCGCUCGUCUUUCAGCCCAUGCUCGAAGGCAUGAUAACGCUGAAUGGCAGUCUUUCAAUCGAUUCAAAUCCUUUUGAAUGCGAUUGCACUUUGGCUUGGUUGAUUCGUGACAACCGCAAUUUGCUGUCCGUCGUCCACGGGGCUACGUGUUCGAAUUCCACACGAUUCGAGCAACUCAAUCCCAACGGUUUCAGCGAAUGCCUCUAGUUGUGAGCUCGUGUAAACUGCUGUUUUUGCAUUGAAAGAUAGAAAAAAGAAAAAGACUAAUGUAAACUCUUUGGUUAAUUUGACGUGUCUGAUUUCACCAGCGAUCUUGAUUGAAAACUUGAUGUACCUGACUUUCGCUGAUGGACAGAAAUAUAUUCCUCUCUUUAGUA